AUGAACGAACACCAUCAGGCCGAUUUUUCAGCUGUGCCACCAAGCAAUGCCCGUGGAGGCGCCGAGGAUCCAUGGAACCAUACCAAAAACGCUAGCGCGCAUCCUGAGUUGUACAACAGUGCUCAUGGUACUGUCGAUACCGCAGAUGAAGGGUGGGAGCAGCAGCAGCAACAACAACAACAACAACAAAUGAAAGAUCGUCAUCAUACCAAGAACAAACAGCACGCUCACCCAGAUAAUGAAGAAGAAGCCUCACCUGGAGUGUUUGGCCAUACAGUGGAAUCAAAACGGAGUCCACAGGCCUUUGUGAAACGCGAUCUAGACAAUGUAUAA